UUAUACAUAACCUAACUUAAUUUAAAAUUAAAUUAUGGAUAAAUUUUUAAAUAAAAACAAUUUCGUGGGUAAUAAGCAGGCUGUGAUAAUGGAAUGUGAUGAUAAACAGGUUUUACGUAGUAUGAGCUACUCAAAAAUGAAUGAAAUUUGUGAUUGUUUGGUGGAAUUUUUAAAUUUGAACCAAUCCUGUGUUGGAUUAUUUAUGAGCCAUAAUAUUUAUUUACCAUCAAUAUUAAUUAGUCUAUACCGAAUGAAAUCUCCGUUUAUAUUUUUAAAAGAUUUGUCUACUUCAAUUGGCUAUAAUUAUGUAUUGUCCUUUGAACAAAUUAACUGUGAUUUAUUUACUAAAAUUAAUGAAGUCAAAUUAGAAUCUUCAACAUUAUAUUUAUGGGAAAAAUCAAUUAAAACUAGGGAAUAUGCAGAUAAGGACUAUAUUUUCUGUGUUAUACAAAGCUCAGGGACCACUGGAAAAAAUAAAGUAAUAAGAGUUCCUAUAAGCUGUAUUGAGGAUAAUUCAAUGCAUUUAAGUAAAUUAUUUAAAAUUACAAAUAACGACAAUAUAUUCUGGGGUACACCUUUAACUUUUGAUCCAAGUCUUUUAGAAUUUCUAAUAGCAAUAGAAAAUGUAUCUACAUUAAUUAUAGUGCCACCCAAAACGUACCUAAACUCUAAUAAUUUAUUUAAAGCCUUAUUUACUUUAAAAACCAAGGAAUACAAUGGUAUAUCACUUCUGCAAAUAGUACCUUCAGUUUUUAACAGAUGGAGUGAAAAUCAAAUUCAAUUUAUUCUUAAAUCACAAUUAAGGAUUCUUGCAUUUGGGGGAGAAUAUUUUCCUAAAAAUAUAUUGGAAUACAAAAAAAAUAAUGUGGAGUUGUAUAAUUUGUAUGGUAUUUCGGAAGUUUCAUGUUGGGCCACAGUAAAUAAAGUUACAAGUACUAACAUUGAAGAUGACAUUAGUAUAGGAAAAAACAUAGGUGAUACUAUUACAGAAAUUAGGAAUGAAAAUGGAGCAAUUUUACAAGAUGGUAUCGGAGAAAUUUUUAUUGGUAGCAAAACUAGAUUUUGUCUUAUAAAUGAUGAAAAUAUGACCAACAAAGAAAUAUUUAGAAACACAGGGGAUUUAGGCAGAAUAACAAACAAUAAUAUUUAUUACUUGGGGCGUAAAAAUAAUACAAUUAAAAGAUUUGGUCUAAAAAUAAACCUAGAGGAAAUAGAAAUAUUGAUAAUGAAAGAAAUCCAUGUUAGAAAUAAAUGUAUAUUUAUCACAAAAGAAAAUAAAAUUGUUUGUUUUAUUAAUAUUCCGAAUUUUGAGGAAUCUGUAAAAAUUAAAACUGUUGAUAAAAUUAGAGUAAAACUGCUUAAAAUCUUGCCUAAAGAAUUUUAUCCUGAUUGUAUAGAUAUAAUAAACAAGUUACCAAUUAACAAACAUGGAAAAAUAGAUUUAAAAAGCCUUGACAACAUUUAUCAUAACAACAUUAAAGAUCAAUUAAUAGAAAACGAUCCUAGCGAUAUUUUCAUAUUUAUUGUGUCAAAAUAUUUAGGUAUGGAUGUAAAUAUUACUAAAAUUCAAGAUUAUACAUUUGUUGAAUUGGGUGGCAAUUCUAUUAAUGUAAUACAAGUUUUAAAUGAACUGGAGAAAUAUUUUGGAAGCCAACCUAAAGAAAAAUUAACAAAUUUAAUGUUUGAAGCCCCACUCAAUCAAAAUAUUGAAUUUGUAAAAACUUUGAACAUUUUAAAAAGAAAGAGUACCUCUUUAAAGACAACCAAUUUAAAUAUAAAACGGAUUAAAACGGAUUUUAAAUUAAAAAUAUCAUGGAAAUAUAACUUGAAGGCUUGUGUGGAUGGCACACCAUUGAUUUUCAACUUUAAAAAUGAAACUUAUAUUGCCAUAGGAAGUUUUUCAAACAUAUUUGCAGUAUUAAAUAUAAGUGGACAAAAAAUAUUUGAUUUAACUCUUGGAGAUGACAUUGAAGCUACACCACAAUUUUCUGAAAAAUACAAAUUACUUUAUAUUGGUUGUUUUGAUGGACUUAUGUAUGGCAUAAGCAUAAAAGAUAAAGCUGUUAAAUGGACGUUUAAAACUGAGGAAAGAAUAAAAAGUCAACCAUGUUUUUGUAUGGAAAAUAAUGCCCUUGUUUUUGGAUCAUAUGAUGGGUUUGUUUAUUGCGUAGAUUCUUUGAAUGGAAAUUUACUUUGGAAACAAACUAUAUCUGAACCAGUGGCCUGCAAUCCCAUAUGCCAGCAAGAAAAAAUAUACUUGACAUUAAUAAAGGGGAGUUUCAUUGCACUGGAAGAAAAAACGGGCAAAAUUCUUUGGACAUACUCAUUGAAAAGCCCUAUUUUCGGAUCACCUUCAAUUAUUGAAUCCAAAAUAAUGUUGGCCAGUGUAACUGGUGUUAUACACUGCUUAACAAAUACUGGCGAACCUCUUUGUAACUAUAAAGUUAAUGGCAAUAUUUUUGGAUCCUUGGUUGUUUAUGAAAAUACGAUAAUAUUUGGUAGUCAUGACAAUUUCUUGUAUAAUUUUGAAAUUAAAAAUAAUAAGUUUGUGUUAAUAAAUAAGCUAAAUUUAGGUUUUGCCAUAUCAAGCACGCCUUAUCUUUUUAGUUAUCAAAGUAAAAAUCUGUUAGUUGCAAGUAAUAAUAAGGGUAAUAUACAUAUAGUUGAUUUAGGUUCUUUUGUAAGUUUAAUAGAUAUGUAUUUACCUGGAGAUUCAUUUUCGUCCCCAGUUGUAUUUAAGGAUAAUAUAUUUAUAGGUUGCAGAGAUAAUAAUUUAUAUUGUUUAAGUUUAGAAAAUAGUUGAAAAUUAUAUUAGUGCUAUUUAUUCCAUUAUUUUAUUUAAAACACGAAAAUUUUAGAAAAGAUUUAAAAAAGUUAUUUAUUUACUUUAUUAUUUAAAUCUUAAUUUUUGGUCCAUAAUUAAUAACAUUUUUACAUUUUGUAAUACCAAUAUAUUUUGCGAAUAAAGUUGGGUUGGGUUGGAAAUUUCCAGGGGGGGCAAGUGCCCGAAAUUUUGUAGAUAUGGGCCUCCAGUAGAAAAUUCACUUUUAGAGUCUAGAUUAGAGUUUCAAUAUUUGAUAUUUAAUAGUUAAAUUUAAUAAAAACAAAAUAUGAUAUAUUUGUUUUGGUUUUUCACGACUUCAACAGAUGAAAAUAAAAAUUACAUUUUCUAAAUGAAAAAUAUUUUUUUAUGUAGAUAAACCUAUAUUAAUUGCAU